AUGGGUAGAUUAAUUGGAUUAGAAUUAUGCAAUUUCAAAUCUUAUAAAGAUAAAGCUACGAUUGGUUUUGGAUCCUCAUUUUUUACAUCUAUUAUAGGUCCUAAUGGUUGUGGUAAAUCGAACAUGAUGGAUGCUAUUUCUUUUGUAUUAGGUAUUAAUUCGACACAAUUAAGAUCACAAAAUUUAAAAGAUUUGAUAUAUAGAGGUAGAGUCAAUCCAGACUAUAAUUUGGAUUCAGCUGAACAAGAUCCAACUUCAGCUUAUGUGAUGGCAACUUAUGAAAAAGAUGAUGGAGAAUUAAUUAAAUUGAAAAGAACUCUUACAGCCAAUGGAAAUAGUGAGUAUCAAAUAAAUGAUCGAUCAGUUACAAUGUUAAAUUACUCAAAAGUUCUACAGUCAGAGAACAUUCUUAUUAAAGCAAGAAAUUUUUUAGUUUUUCAAGGAGAUGUUGAACAAAUUGCAUCUCAAGCCCCAAAAGAUUUAACAAGAUUAAUUGAGCAUAUAAGUGGUUCAAAUGAGUAUACAAAAGAGUUUGACAAGCUAAAAGAAGAAUCAGAAAAAGCACAUGAAGAAUCUAAUAUGGUAUUUGCAAGAAAAAGAAACUUGAAUUCUGAAUCAAAACAAUAUAAGGAACAAAUUGCUGAACAAAAGAAAUUUGAAAACUUAAUACGAAAAAAAACUGAGACCAUCAAAAAGAUUCAAUUGUAUAAACUAUUUCAUAAUGAAAAAAAGCAUCAUCAAUUAAAAGAUUCAAUUUCAAAAAAAAAAACUGAACUCAAAGAAUUGAAAAAUACUUUAUCGACUAGAGAAAGAAUUUUGAAGUCAAUGCAAUCAGAUUAUUCAAAAGCAAUGUUGGAACUCAAAAAAUUAACUCAUAAAUACAAUGAAUCUGAACAAAAAAUUGAAUCUACAGAAAGAGAAUUAAUACCUAUUGAUGCAAGCAAGAUUUCAUUAAGUUAUAAAAUUACUUCUCAAAAUAAAAAAGUUUCAGAUCUUGAAAAUGAUCUUGAAAGGCAAAGCAUCUACAUUAAAUCGGUUGAAAAACAGUUGAGAGAUGCAAAAAAGUUGUAUAAUCAAUUCCAAGAAAAAACUUUUGAUACAUCAAUUAUUAUAUCACCAGAUGCUCAAAAGGAAUAUGAACAAUUACGAUCGGAAUAUUUAUCUACAAAUGGUUCAGAAUUAGAAGAACAAAUUUCAUUAAUUUUAAACGAUAAAGAUAGUUUUAAAAAUAGUAAAGCAAAUCUUGAAAUUCAAAAGGCAAAUGCUGAGAAAAGAGUAAUUGAAUUGGAAUUAUUAUCAGGUGAUUUGAACUCAAAAUUAUCCGAAGCUUCAGAUGAGUUUAAAGUUAUAUUUGAUAAGAAGUCAGAAAAAACUGAAGCAAAGAAUAAAUUACUCAAACAAAAAGAUGAAUAUAAUCAAAAAGAGUUAUCUUUAAAUACUCAAUUAAGAGAUGUUCUUUUAAGAUUAGAUGAAUUAUCUUCUCAACAAAGAGAAUCAAAUAAACAAAAAAAAUUGAGAGAAAAUAUAUCAACAUUGAAGCGAUUAUUACCACAAGGUUCAAUUAAAGGAUUAGCUUAUGAAUUGAUUCAACCUUCUCAGCAAAAGUAUGAGUUAGCUUUAUCAACGUUAUUAGGUAGAAAUUUUGAUGCGAUAAUUGUUGAAAGUUCUCAAAUUGCUUAUCAAUGUAUUGAAAUUUUAAAAGAAAGAAGAGCUGGUAUAGCUACAUUCAUACCAUUAGAUUCAAUUGAUUCAGAACCAAUUGAUUUAAAUUAUUUGAGGUCUUUAUCUACCCCAGGUCUUGAUAUCUUGAAAUAUGAUAAAUCUUUAGAACCAGCAAUUAAUCACCUUAUCGGCAAUACAUUAGUCACUGAAACUAUAGAUGAAGCUAGAAACUUGAAAUUUAACAAGGGUUUUGAGAACAAAAUUGUUACAAUACAAGGUUCAGUUAUUCAUAAAUCAAAUUUAAUGACUGGUGGUCAACAAAAAUCAAAAAUUAAUUGGGAUAAACAAGAAUGGAUUAAAUUAAAUGAUGUUAAAGAGCAAAUCUCAUUAGAAAUUUCAAAAUUACAAGAAUCAAAACCAAAAGAAUUGGAUAUUAAUUUGUUAACUGAAGAAAUUAGUAAUCUAGAUGAUAAACUACCAAUCUUGCGUAAUCAAAAAUCAAGUCUUGAACGAACAAUUAAAGAUAGGCAAGUUGAAAUUGACUUUCAAAAAAGUUUGGUCCAAGGUUUUGAAGAAAAUAUUUUAAAGAAAGUUGAAGAAAUGAAGAAAAUUGAUGAAAAAGUUGAUUCUUUAACAGACGAAUUAAGAAAGAUUAAAAAUGAAAAAUUCAAAAUUUUUUGUGAAAAAUAUAGCUUAGAUGAUAUUGAACAUUAUGAAAAUACUCAUGGUAAUGCAUUGAGAUAUAAAGCCAAGGAAAGAAAUCAAUAUACCAAAGCUAUUGCAACAUUAAGUAAUAAAUUAGAAUUUGAAGAAGGUAGGUUAAAAGAAACUCAGGAUAGAAAAUCAUCAAUUGAACAUUACAUAACCGAUUUAGAUGAUGACUUGAAAAAAGUUUUACAAGAAAAAUCUCAUUUAGAAGAGUAUUUAGAUAAAUUAGAAUCAGAAAAUGUUGUUGUGAAAGAUGAAAUCAAGUCUUAUGAAACAUUAUUGGAAACUAAAAUGAAAAAAUCUAAAACUGCUGAAGCUGAUGUAGAUGAAAGUUAUAAUGAUAUCAUACAAAAAAAUAAAGAAAUUAACCAAAUUGAUGAAAAUUUAUUAAAUAUUGAUAAUGAAAGAGCAAAUAUACUUAAAUAUUGUAAGAUUCAAAAUAUUGCAUUACCACUAUUGAAAGGUGAAAUUGAUAAUAUUCCAAUCGUUGAAGAUUUGGAAGAUUCAAUAAAAGAAAUUUAUAAAAUUGAAGUAGAUUAUGAUUUAGAUGAAAAAUAUAAAGAAUCAUUUAAUAUCAAAUUAGAAAAUGAAUUAGUAGUAUCAUUGAGUAAUUUAACUGAAGAAUUGGAAUCAUUAGCUCCUAAUUCAAAAGCAAGUGAAAGGUUUAAAAAUAUUGAAAAUAGAAUUAAAAGUCAUGAUAAAGAAUAUACAAAAGCAAGAAAUAAGGAAAAACAAAUUCAAAAAAAUUUCAACGCCAUUAAAGAUUUAAGAUUUAAAAAAUUCAUGGAAGCAUUUAGUCAUAUUUCCGAAAAAAUUGAUACUAUAUAUAAAGAGCUCACAAAAUCACCAGCUUCCCCAUUAGGAGGAUCAGCAUAUUUAACGUUGGAAGACGAAGAAUUACCAUAUCUUUCAGGAAUUAAAUAUCAUACCAUGCCUCCAAUGAAAAGAUUUAGAGAUAUGGAAUUAUUAUCGGGUGGUGAGAAAACAAUUGCUGCUUUAGCAUUAUUAUUUGCAAUACAUCUGUAUCAACCUGCUCCAUUUUUUGUAUUAGAUGAAAUCGAUGCGGCAUUGGAUCAUGCAAAUGUUAUUAGAGUUGGUAACUAUAUAAAGAAACAUGCUGGACCAAAUUUCCAAUUUAUAGUUAUAUCAUUGAAAAAUUCAUUAUUUGAAAAAUCGGAUUCAUUAAUUGGAAUAUAUAGAGAACAAAGAAAAAAUAGUUCAAAAACUGUUACAUUAGACUUAAGUGAAUAUCCAGAUGAAGAAGUACCAUUAGUUAGAGCUAA